GUGCGCCCUUCGCGGACCUGGCGACCCAGUGAGCAGUGGCAGCGUCUCGGUCCGGCUGAUCCAGCGGCUCGGGCCGCGGUUGCUCGCAGCGCCACGCUUCGGCAGCGCAGCACCGGAAGACCCACCCCACUGACAGAAUGAGCCGCACUGCCUACACUGUGGGAGCUUUGCUUCUCCUCUUGGGGACCCUGCUGCCGGCAGCUGAAGGGAAAAAGAAAGGAUCCCAAGGGGCCAUCCCGCCUCCAGACAAGGCUCAGCACAAUGACUCGGAGCAGACUCAGUCUCCGCAGCCCGGCUCCAGGAACCGGGGGAGGGGCCAGGGGCGGGGCACCGCCAUGCCAGGGGAGGAGGUGCUGGAGUCCAGCCAAGAGGCCCUGCACGUGACCGAGCGCAAGUACCUGAAGAGAGACUGGUGCAAAACGCAGCCCCUGAAGCAGACCAUCCACGAGGAGGGUUGCAACAGCCGCACCAUCAUCAACCGCUUUUGCUACGGCCAGUGUAACUCCUUCUACAUCCCCAGGCACAUCCGGAAGGAGGAAGGCUCCUUCCAGUCCUGCUCUUUCUGCAAGCCUAAGAAGUUCACCACCAUGAUGGUCACGCUCAACUGUCCCGAACUACAGCCACCCACCAAGAAGAAGAGGGUCACACGCGUAAAGCAGUGUCGUUGCAUAUCCAUCGAUUUGGAUUAAGCCAGAGGGGGGCACACCCAGCCUGUCCUAGCGAUACCCACAGCCACAUCUAAACAACCUGAUUCUUACUCGGCUUAAACCUACGGGCCAGAAGAACCAGCAGCUGCCUCCUGGCCGGAGCCUGCUUAUGCAUAGUGAGUGCACGAGCGUGCAAGGGUGCCUGUGGGUGUUUUCAAACACCGGAGGAAACAGGCUCUGAUAGAAGGCACUUCCUGUUAUUCUCUGCUUGGGAUGGGGCUUGUCGGAAAUGCCCACACCAAUGGACUCAAACACCCACAUGGGCAGGACUGCGGCUUUGCCUGGUCUUCCUGCACCCUUCUGAGCACCAGGGCUUGGCUUCAGAAUGAUACAAAUGGAAGAGGCAGCUCUGCGAGUCAGAGGCCUGUUUUAGUGCUGUCUUAGACUUGGAACCGUUAACCCGUGCUUGCCCAUUUUUUUCCACAAUCCAUUUCUUUCUUGGCCCUCACUGACAUUUCAGUUUCAUCCCAUGUCCCUAAAUCCCUUGACUAUGGGUGUAAAUGUUUUCCAUCUUGCGAAGAACGUGCAACCUGUGGAGGCUGGUUGCUCAAGGACUAGCGGGACAGGGCACUGACAGUGUUCAGGGUGAGGACUAGUCUGGGCCGGCGAUAUCCAGUAGGAAGACGUCUAGACCUUGAAAGGUCUCCAAAACACAGUGAAAGGUUUUUCCUGUUAUUUAAAAGAAUCUAGAUGAACAGAGGAGGACUAAAUUACCAAAAUCAUUAACUUGGCCUGCCUCUGUGAGCUUCUGAGACUAACUGUAACCCCAAAUUAAGACAUAUUGACCACUCCUAUUUUCUAAACCAAGUCAGGUAACCCCAAACAUCUCCUCCUGCUUUACUUUGCCUCAGGAGGACAACUGAUGUAACUGAGAACCUUUACACUGGGAUAGGAAAAAAACAAGAACUUCACAAGCAGAGGUCCUGGUGACUUAGUUUUUAUGGAUUAUUGAUGCUCUUUCCAGUGUGAAUAUUUCUAAAUAAUGAUUCUGAGAUGCAUGACAUUUUUAUAAAAAUUCUGCCUCUGCUCAGUGUCCCUGCCAAUAAAGAAUAGUCUAAGAUCAGAGAGUUUACCUGCUCCCUUUUAGCUAGAUGGCUCUUUGGGGGCCUUUUUUGUUUUAGCUAUUGUUAGGAGAGAAUCCGAGGGUCAGAGAGAGCAAGAAAGUCAAGAGGAUUGUGUCUGGCUAAUGUAGUAUCUGAGGCACAGUAAAGAGUGUGACUGCUCUUCAUUAGUUCCAAGGGUUUGUUGAGAAGUCCCAAUAGUGAAGCAGAGAACUGGGGUGUGUUAAAAGGCCACCCAUCUACUCCUAGUGGAUGCUUGUGACAUUGAAACCACUCUGUGCCUACUAUAGGUGUCAUCCUCUGAAUCAACUUGGGCUCCCAGAUGCCCAGUUAGCAUUUCUGUAAGGGCAGAGCUGGCUAACCAACUGAGGUUCAUCUGUAAAUGCAACAAAUAAUCUUUUAUUUCCCUUUUCCUCUCCGCCUCACUAGCCAAGUCAUGUGUCAUUUGGAAGGCACACAUUUGCUGCUCAUCCAGGCUCCUGCAGUCAAAGAACCAUUGCAAUUAUAGAAGCUGUUUUCAGUUUGGUCUAGCACUUUCUCAUGUAACAUCUAAAUAGGAACCAUGAUAUAAGACAAAACUUAUCUAAGCCACCCCAAAUAUUGGGUCUAAUUUUGAAAGUUGCUACUAAUGGUUCUACACUAAGUAUACUAGAUGGAUUUGUACAAACACAUAGCCUGUGCAUUUUGUAUAUACUGUACACCCUUUCCCUGAAUCUCUGUGUCUUCUGCAUCCACCAACAGUAAAUCACAGGAUGGAUUUGAUUAAGCACACAAAUGCAAAAGCAUGAUUUUGAUGGCAGGGAAGAGAGAAAAAUGAAAGAGAAAGAAGCUGAAAAUGUAAAACCACACCAGAGAGGGAAACGACAUUCAGAACUAACAAACACUGAAUUUCUCUUGUUUUAAUUCUGCCACAAACAUGCAAUUUUGUUAAAAAGUGAUGAGUUAGAUUGGCAGCCACCAUUGUCUUGUAAGAGUGUGUACCACAGCCUUUCCUGUAAAUUGGAUUUGGCUUAAGUAAAGAGAAUUUCCUCAAAAUUAACUUCACUAGAAUAAUCAGCAACAUAAAUACCAUAAAAGUACAGCACUAGCCAGAGAGGGAAGUGCCUGUCUUCCUUACUGUGCUUACAAUAAGAGUAGUGUGAGUUCGGUGUGUCCUCCAACAUUUAUUGAGAUGCCCUGUUACUUAUUUUAUUGGAAUCACCAGUGAUAUAAUGAUCUAUAUGUUCUUGAAUAUUAUAGGAGAAUUGUUUUAUGGCAAGAGAGCUAUGUUCUUGAUCUUACCUAUUAAAAUAAUGCCAAACACCAAAUAGGAACUUUAUGAUGUUCACUUUGUGCCUGGCAUUAAAAGAGAAAACCAAACACACAUCUUGUAAGUCUGCGCUUUUUUUUUUUUAACAGUCUUUCUUUAAAGUUAAGAGUUGUAAGUGAAAAAUCUGGAGGAAAGGAUAAUUUCCACUGUGUGGAAUGUGAAUAAGCAAAAAGUUAUGGUUAUUUAAUGUAAUUAUUAAUUCAAAUCCUUUGGUCACUGUGAUCUCAAGCAUGCUUUCUUUUUCUACUUUAUAUGACUUCCCCUGAGUUGGGCAAUGAAGAAGCUGGUUCAUUGUAUGUUGUGAGAGACUUUUGUCAGGUCAGGGGAAGCACUCUGGUCACACGUGAAAAUAUGUUACAGAAUCAAGGCUGAGCUUCCAUUUUUAAAAUUGAAUGUUCAACAUGGAAACUGAACGGUUAACAUUUCUGAAGCAAUAUUAAGAAAGACUUUAAAUGUUAUUUUGAGAGACUUAUGAUGUAUGUAUGUAUACAAGCAAACAGCUGAUGAUGAUGGUUACUUCACAAAUGGAGUCCUUUAAAGAGGAAACUUAGAAUGCAAAUAGACAGAACAAUGAAGUCAAUGCUUAAGAGUGAAAGUUCUAUUGAUUUGUCAUCCCUCAAGAUAUUUAAUAUCUACGUUAUGUAUUAUGUCUGUUCUAAUCAUUUAAAAACAACAAAGGAUUAUAUAGACUAUGAUUGAACUACCUUGCUAUGUAUGAGGUGAGAGGGGAUUUAAUAGUCUCAUAAAAGCUAAUCUGGCUUAAAGUUUUAUGAAUCUGUAACUAGAAUUUUAUUUUCAUUCUAAUAACAUUCUAUAUAACCUUUGCCAAAAAUCAAUCAAUAAAUUAAACUUCUUUUGUGUGA